AGAAGAGUUGUAGCAGAAAUCUUAAGAUAAAGAGAAGAUGGUGGCAGGAAGCUUCAGUAUUGAGAUAGAGUCUCCAGUGGAGGCAAAAAGGCUGUGGAAAGCAACUGUGGACACCCACAACUUAUUGCCAAAGCAAGCACCAGGCCUCAUAUCAGCCAUCACACUCGUUCAAGGUGAUGGAGGAGUUGGCACCAUUCGACACGUUGAUUUCACUGCAGCCAACAAGGAUUUUAGCUACAUGAAAGAGAAAGUGGACUUAGUUGAUGAGGCCAACAUGGUUUAUGGUUACAGCCUUGUGGAAGGAGGAAUGUUGGGGGAAAAAGUGGCGUCAGUAAGCCACUUUUUUAAAUACACCCCCAAACCAGGGGGUAAUGGUGGAUGCAUUACCACAUUUACCUGCAACUAUGAUAGCCUCCCUGGUGUUCCCCAUGAUGAAGCCAAAAUUGAGGAGAUCAAGGCCAACAACACUGGUUUGUUCAAGCAGGUGGAGGAAUAUCUUAUCGCCAAUCCCACUUUAUACUGCUAAAAUCACCCUGAUCUCCCUCUUUCUCAAUGGAAGUAGCGCCACUUGCUCAAUAAAAAACGUAUGUGUAUCUCAUAGUGAUAAAAUUGCUAGGAUUCCUCUCUUUCUCAAUAAAAAUGUGUCUUAGGGCAACAGUAAAGUUUUGGAACUUUCUCAAUGUUGGUUCAAAUUCUAGCUAUAGUUUGGCUCUGCAAUAGUAGUCUCUUCCCAACAAACCAGAAAAUGAAAACAAAGUGUAUCUGUGGUAAUAAUGAGCAAAAGAGUGACGCUGUUUUAAA